UCGGUGCCUCGCAAUCUCCUCCGCCAGGAGCAACAAACCAGAACCAGCUCGGCAGAGUUUCAUUCACAAAACGAGGAGCCACGUCCGUGACGCAGUGCUGCCGGGAGAGAAAGCCCCCUGCAGUUGUUGUUGUUCGUGUCUGCUCACUAAAAACUCCCUCUAUCUGUUGACUCCGACAUUUAUGUUCGUUUUUAUUUCUAGACCAGACGCUGGUUCGGGUGGAGAAUUCUGCGGACGGGACGCAGAAACCGCAAACAUGUUUGUUGGAGAGUUCAAAGUGUGGUAUUCAGUCCCUCCCCAGUGGUCACGUUUAUUGAAAAACUAUUGACUACUUUUUCCGGAGUCGCGAGCUCCGGCUGUCAUAACGUCACCACUCCCUUUGAAUGAGCUGAUUUUUUUUUUUUGUCUGUUGCAUUGCCACACGCAUUGUAUUUUAUGUAAUUGCAACACUCGAUACGUUGUUUAAAGCUGUAUUACUCCGCGUUGUCGUAACUGUCCAGCUUCAACGCCCCACGAUACACACAACAUGAGAUUCCACGUGCGAGGGUAACUUGUUUAUAUAAAACGACGGACAGCUCCCCGGACCAAUCAGACGCCGCCAUCGCGAUUCCGUAACAUUCUCCAUGGAGACCGCUCGAUUUCAGCCAAUCAGCGGACGCCAGAGGAGGAGUCUGAAUUGAGGUCGAGCACGGGGCUCGCUGAUUGGUGCGCUGGUCUGGACCGGUGAACGGUGGGGAGGGAGCUGAGUAUUAGUGUGUCACCCAGUCUGGAGAGCGGCUCCCAUUCAGGAAUACUGGAAGUCUCCGAUAAAUGUGCUCGCCGUUGGCGGUUUUUCACGUUUUUCGUCGCAGGGUAACGCGGAGGUGAAUCUUCGACCCGACGCGCAGAUCUGUUGAAGCCUCCUCAUCCUUUGCAGUCCCGCCUCAUGGUUUUGCCAUGUGGAAAGUUUCCUAAUUUUCCAUCAGCUGCCUUUUGGCGCAUCUUAACAAUAAGGAUCCGAAGCAUCUGUCCGGCAGCACCGGUGUGGAGCAGAUUUCACGCCUAAAGAAGAGCAGGGUCCUCUUUGCGGCUCUAUGAGCCAACUGCAACGCAUGGCCAGCAGUUACGGCAAAGCUUGUGGCGGUCAGAGCGGCGUGGAGCUCGAACCUGACUUGGGACUGGCCUCUGAAGGCAGCGAUAGCAGCCACGAGAAUGCGGCCUCACUGGGCUCUCCCCACGACGACAGGAAGCGGCAGCGGCCGGCGCUGCACGAGGACGUAGAGAUGGGCGGCAGCGGCUCCAGCGGGAGCGGGACCGAGUCCCACGGAAACGAAUCGCACGGGAACGAGUCCCAUGGCAACGAAUCCGUGGUCAGCUCCAACGGCAACGGAAAAGAUUCCGCUCUGCUGGAGUCUUCAGGAAGCAACAAGAGCUCCAACUCCCACAGUCCCUCCCCACCAAGCAGCUCCAACGCGUUCAGCCUGGUGAGCUCAGAGCAGGACAACCCGUCGACCAGCGGCUGCAGCAGCGAACAGUCGGCCAAAGCCAAGACACAGAAGGAGCUUUUCAAGACCCUCAAGGAGCUGAAGAUGCACCUGCCCUCGGAAAAAAGGAGCAAGGGCAAGUCCAGCACCGUCAACACGCUCAAGUACGCGCUGCGCUGCAUCAAGCAGGUCAAAGCCAAUGAGGAAUACUACCAGAUGCUGAUGAUUAAUGACAGCCAGCCGCCGGGGUUCGAUGUGUCAUCCUACACCAUUGAGGAAAUCAACACCAUCACGUCAGAGUACACCCUCAAAAACACAGACAUCUUUGCCGUGGCCGUGUCCCUCAUCACCGGAAAGAUCGUCUACAUCUCCGACCAGGCCGCUUCCAUCCUCAACUGCAAGAGGGAGGUGUUCAAAAACGCCAAGUUCGUGGAGUUCCUGACGCCUCAGGACGUCAGCGUGUUCUACAGCUUCACGACGCCCUACCGCCUCCCGUCAUGGAGCAUGUGCACCGGAGCAGAGUCGUCUCCCACGGAGUGCAUGCAGGAGAAAUCCUUCUUUUGUCGCAUUAGUGGCGGGAAAGAGCGCGAGGGGGACCUGCAGUACUAUCCUUUCCGCAUGACCCCGUACCUGAUGAAGGUGCAGGACGCCGAGCUGUCUGAGGAGCAGUUCUGCUGCCUGCUGCUGGCCGAGCGGGUCCACUCCGGCUAUGAAGCCCCCAGAAUACCCCCAGACAAAAGGAUCUUCACCACCACUCACACCCCCAACUGUGUGUUCCAGGAUGUGGAUGAGAGGGCCGUACCUCUGUUAGGUUACCUUCCUCAGGACCUGAUCGGGACGCCGGUGCUGCUCAACCUGCACCCGAGUGACCGACCCUUGAUGCUGGCCGUACAUCGCAAGAUUUUGCAGUACGCCGGUCAAGCGUUCGACCAUUCUUCCAUCCGCUUCUGUGCGAGGAACGGCGAGUACAUCACCAUCGACACCAGCUGGUCCAGCUUCGUCAAUCCCUGGAGCCGCAAGGUCUCCUUUGUCAUCGGCAGGCACAAAGUGCGCAUGGGUCCCGUCAACGAAGACGUUUUUGCAGCGCCGGCUUUCCACGAAGGGAAGAUGAUGGAUUCAGACAUCCAGGAAAUAAGUGAACAGAUCCACAGACUGCUACUUCAACCGGUUCACAACAUGGGCUCCAGCGGCUACGGAAGCCUCGGCAGCAACGGUUCCCACGAGCAGCAGGUGAGCAUCAGCUCGUCCAGCGAGAGCAACGGCAACUUCACAGCAGCAAACGCACCAGAGGAGACUUCCAAGACCAAGCCCUCCAGGACGUUCCAAGAGAUCUGCAAAGGAGUCCACAUGCUGAAGAACCAGGACUCCCAGGUCGGCCUGCACUCCUCCUCGUCCUCAGCGUGGCCGUCCAGACACGACCACAGGAAAUCCGCUGACCUCGCUCAGAAAACCUCUGCGGUGCGCACGAGAGACUCGUCCCCCCCCUUACACAUCCGGGACAGCACUGCAGCCAGCAUGGAGGACUUCACCUGCAAAGACCAGAGCGUCUGCUCAUACCAGCAGAUCAGCUGCCUCGACAGCGUCAUCAGGUAUCUGGAGAGCUGCAACAUUCCUAUUACAGUAAAAAGAAAGUACCAGUUCUCCUCCAACACAACCUCAUCCAACUCAGACGAUGACAAGAGGGGCUCGGAGGACGGCAUGCAGGUGCUCCAGGGCACACACUCAGAUCCUUUGCUAGACACACAGUCAGGUCUGUCGAACAUGAAAGUGCCGAAGAAGCCUCCAUCAGGGGCAGCUCCUGUGGUGGGCGGCGCCUUAGCCCCACUAACGUUGCCUAGUAAGGCGGAAAGCGUCGUGUCCAUCACAUCCCAGUGCAGCUACAGCAGCACCAUCGUCCACGUGGGCGACAAGAAGCCUCAGCCAGAGUCUGAGAUAAUUGAAGACGUUGCAGAGAGCCCCGCGCCUCCCGCCGUACCAUUCAGUGUGGUGUCUCCGCCCAGCCAAGAGAAGGAGGCCUACAAACGGCUGGGGUUGACCAAGCAAGUGCUGGCAGCACACACCCAGAAAGAGGAGCAGGCCUUCCUGAACCGCUGCCGGGAGCUGCGCAACGCAAGAAGCUUCCAGAGGGAGUGCUCCUCGUAUCUGCACCGACAGAGGAGUCCCGCCAACGCUGAAGAAUCAUCUGGAUUGCGAGGUGCUGCCAAACAAAGCACCACCAAGCCCGAAACUGCGGCAAAGAAGGGCAACCACCGCAACCGAAAGUCCAAGAAGCCGCGGAUGAAGCACCCCGAUUCGUCCGACAGCGCCGUGUCCAAUCGCAAACCUCGCCCCCCUCUCCAGGGUCUCAACCAGACCUCCUGGUCGCCGUCUGAAGCCUCCCAGUCAGCCUUCAACGUCUCCUACCCCACCAUGGUGCCUGCAUACCCGCUGUACCCCCCGACGCCCGCUGCGCCAGCUCAGGCCCCCCGCCCCGACCCGUCUCUGUCCACCGGCUUUGGGGAGGUGCAGAACACUCAGGCUCCGGCGACGACGACCCCCUUCCCGGCACCCAUUGUGACUCCCGUGGUUGCUCUGGUUCUGCCAAAUUACCUCUUCCCUCAAAUAGGACAGUUGGGUCAGAUGGGAUCCGCUCCUAGACCGGCAUAUUUCACCGAGCAGUCGCAAGUGCAGCCUGCGUACUCCGCCCCGCAGCCCUUUCAGGCCGCGCAGCCACCCUACGCCCUGCAAACACAACCGCCCUUCAGCAGCCAGCAGCCGUUUCCCGUGCAGACGGCGUUCUCUCCGCCGCAGCCCUUCCAAGCCGCUCAGACCCCCUUCACCGCCCAGCAGCCUUUCCAGGGCGCUCAGACUGCCUACACCACCCAGCAGCCCUUCGCGGCGCAGCCUCCUUUCACCGUGCAGACUCAGUUUGUUGCUCAGGCCCCAUACCCUCCUCAACCCUUCCCCUACACCAUCGCUCCAGAACUCCCGAAAGCUCCCGCUGUGGAGCCCAGAGAAGCCGCGGCAUCGCGGUCCUCCACCCCGGCCUCCGGAGCGCGAGAGCCCACCACGUCCCCGCCGCUGUUCGAGUCGCGCUGCAGCUCUCCACUGCAGCUCAACCUGCUGAGCAUGGAGGAGGGCCAGCGCUCGGUGGAGCGGCAGGACAACACGGCGCCCUCUGCUGGAGGCCAAGCCGGCACUGCAGCUGCCGUGUCUGGAGGACUGGGCGCCUCCGGAGACAAGAACGGAGGCGCCACCAAAACCGACAACCACCAACAGGUGGAAUCUCCGGGCGACGGCGCGCACAGUGACGGGAACUCCUCAUCCUGUGACCUCCUGGACAUCCUGCUGCAGGAACAGGAGGACUCCCACUCUGGCACCGGAUCGGCCACCUCUGGCUCUAUGGGCUCUGGCUCCGGCUCUGGCUGCCAUGGCUGCCAAACCUCUGCCAGCGAAGCAUCCGGCAGCCGAACAGGGAGCAGCAACACCAGCAAGUACUUUGGCAGCGUGGACUCCCUGGAACACGAUCCCAAUGGGAAAGCCAAAAUGAGGGGAGAAGGAGGCUCUGAGGGCAGCAAGUCACAGGUCAAAGCUCCAGCCCAAGAAGACGGGGAGCACUUCAUCAAAUGUGUCCUUCAGGAGCCGCUUUGGCUGCUGAUGGCCAACGCCGACGAGAAGGUCAUGAUGACGUACCAGAUGCCAUCCAGGGACAUCCAGAGAGUUCUGCGUGAAGAUAAGGAGCGGCUGAGGCAGAUGCAGAAGAGCCAGCCUCAUUUUACCUCAGACCAGCGGCGAGAGCUGGUGGAGGAGCACCCCUGGAUGAGGAGGGGAGGUCUGCCUGCAGCCAUCAAUGUAAAGGAGUGUGUGUACUGUGAAGAUGUAGCAGCGGCGCCGAUAGAAGAGGACCUGCCGGACAUGGACAUGGGCGAGCUGAGUGAGGACCUGAGCAGGGGGGGACAGAGCUCCCAGAACCAGUCAGCAGAGACUCAGCCCCAGCCCGAUUCUGGCUCCUGAACCUGCAGCACGCCGCCAGCAGGGGGACACACUCACAAUCCUUACAAAAAAGACACAAGCCGAAGUCUGUGCUGAUAAAUGUAUGCACACAUCCCUGGUGUGUUCAUGUGUGUGAGGCUGGUUCUCUGGGAAAACCCUUCUACACUCUGCUGCCAUUUUUACCUUCUGCUCCAACAGAGCAUUGAUUCCAAAAGAGAUCCAGCUCAACAAUCCCCAGGGUUAUUGUUAUUAUCAUUUCUUUUUUUAGAGUUUUAUUUUUACAAAAAACAAAAUUGUGAUAAAAAUGUUGCUGGGAUCAUUGUUGAUACCUAAACCUGUUUCUUGUUUUUAUUCCCUGCAGCUGUCAAAUCUGCUGCUUUAUUCCCAUUUAUUUAUGGUAGAAUUCCUCAAAAAAAACAAAAAAAGACCCAGAGGCUUCUUAUACGUUUGUGUCAUGAAUGCAUUUGAAUGUCACGAUGCUCACAGCAGUGUUAGCAUUUACAGAGUGUGCAGAGGCGACAAUCUCAUCACCUUUCCUUAAAGUUUAUUAUUUAUUCUUUUGUUGCUAAUGUUUGCAGAGUAUGAAUCCACUUAAAGCCAAAUAAGUAGAGCUAUAGGAUAAUAUAUGAACACUUUAAGAACUCAGACAGUAAGCAUUGUACUUUUUAAAAGGAAGCCCCGCCCACUUCAUUUUAGUAUGACGUGUUGCCACUUAAAACAGCACGGGUGCUAUUAAAAAAGAAAGUGGGAAUAAUGAGAAUAGGUAAAGAAGCUUUUGUAAUAUUUUUGUAAAGUAAGACUAUCAGUAUCUUUGAAAAGAUGCCCAUAAAGUCGAGUUUUACGGGUUGUGUGUGUAGAAACUGGAGGCUCAGAGCUGCAGAAUAGUGUGAAUGGAAUUGCACCUUUUGUCAACUACAGAUUGUAUCAUUUAGUGAUAUGCUCUCCCUUAAAUGUACUUUAAAAGCUCCAUUUAUUACAAAUAGUCUUUAUAUCUUUGUUCUGACAGAAUGAUGCAGCACUACAUCCAAACUUACACAUUAUGCAGAACUGUAGGGAUUUCCAUUGCACCUUUUCCAGAUUGUUCUCUUCAACAGUAGCUGCUUUGCAACUUUUUUUAUAUUCAAAUGAUUCAGCAGCUUUGAAGUCACCAAGUUACAUGGGUUCUGGGUGUUUGUGUUCUGUAAUUCUGAUGGCAGUUGGGUCGGGAGUUCAGCAAAGCCACUCUGGUUUGCUGCAGAACCACAAGUGUAGCAAAAAGGUGGGAAUGUAUGAAAGCAGGUUUAUUCUGGAGGAUGGUCGACGGGAAGUGUGGACCCGCCCCAAACCCACUUAAGUGUUACAAAAACUGUGAUCCAUGUUGUCUCAAACGGCCCAGGAACAAGGCAGAAGAACCAGGGCUUGUGAACGUCACACAAGCUGGACCAACUCUCUUCAUGUUUUCAUUUUUUGGUCUUGUCAGAAUGUUUUUGUAAUCGUUUUUUUCUAUUUUACUCCUUGUGCAUGUUUUAUUUGUGCGGCAAGAGCUUUUUUUUUUUUUUUUUUUUGAGGCGUUGUUGGGGACGAACCCUACCUCUAUUUCCAGGUCUGGUCACUGUGGGCCGGCCGUGUGGGUGGAGCAGAGCGGAAACUGAAAUGCACUCUGGGAGUCCUGCAUCACGCUGGCGGACGCGUUCAGAUUCCCUGCUUUCCAACUCUACGACCGAUUGAAUGAAUGCACAGAAUCCGUAACCACCCUUAGCAACCAAACUCUAUCUCUGUCUUGUGUCCGUCGUGUGCGAGACGUCUGUAAGGGGUCUCCAGUUUGAACCGGUGUAUAAACCUAGGAAUGCCAGUAUGUCGGUGAAACCUUUGAAGAACACUGCGGUUGUGUGCGUACAAACACAAGAGGAAAACACUCUUUAACAAAAUUGCACACUGGUCAGCUAUUAGAGACUCCCUGAUCUGUAUGAGAGCACACCAUGUUGUUGAUAGUCAUGUACAUUUGUCUCAUUGCCACUGUAUGAGUCCGUGUUAUAUUAUACUUAUACUGGCACAGUUCUGUGCUUUUUUGUAGCUGAGAAGAUGUGUGGUUUGUAACUUUGAAACAAUGCUGUAAUAAAACUACAGCGAAAUAAA